AUGAACUAUGUGUCGAGUGAAGGACACACAUUUUUAGUCUCCGAUUACGGUGUUUAUCCGAAUGAUGAUCUUGAUGAUACAAUUGGAAUUCAAUUAGCUGUCAAUGCAGCAAUCAAGCAUGGAUUCGCUAGUGAUAUUAUUUUUGAAUACGGCAUCUAUACUAUAACAUCAACAAUUUUGAUUAUGAAUGCAACUGAUUUAACAAUACGAGGACAAGGAGCCGAUCAAACAUAUUUGAUUGGUUAUAAUCAAGUAUCGAUGUUUUUUACCCAAUAUUGUCAAGCUUUGACAUUGACUUCAUUUUCAAUUGACUACAAUCCACUUCCAUUUACAGCUGGUUAUGUGGUUAAUGUAGAUGACAAAUAUCUUGAUAUUAAAGUGGUACCACCACAUCAAGCUGAUAUCAAUAGACAAGUUCAAGCCAUUCUUCGGUAUGAUCCAAUAGAAAUGAGACCAGCUUUUGGUCCAAAUACAUAUGAAAUCUAUCAAAUGCCCCCUACCGAUGCUAAGACUACUGUUGUUUCACCUGGUGUAUUACGAUUACCAUUGAGAUUACCUUCGAAAUUUCUUAAAGGAGAUCCUAUUGUGGCUCGUUAUGCUUUUGGAGGUCAUGCUAUUUAUGGUCAAGAUGUGACUGAUAUGACAAUUCAAUCAAUCACUAUUUAUACAUCAUGGGGGAUGGGCUUUGUUACAUUGAGAGCCAGACGUUUAAAUAUUAUGAAUUAUCAAGUUUUACCACAAAAUGGACGUUGGAUGAGUUCAAUUGUAGAUUGUAUGCACUUUGCAGAUACGAGAGAAUACAUUUCUAUAUCCGAUAGUAUAUGUGAAGCAAUGGGUGAUGACGGUUUAAAUGUUCAUGCAGUUUUUUUUCUUGUAACAGAGAUUAUUAGCUCGAAUACGAUUAUCAUUGCAGCGACCAAUUGGACCGAUCCACUUGAUUUUGGAGUUGGUACGACUUUAGAAUUUAGUUAUAAUCAACAACCAUUUACAAUUCAUGAAAAUGGGACAGUGUCUUCAUUAAUAUUUAAUUCUACAAAUUCACGAAAAAUAAUCUUCACGAAUUCAGUUUCUGUCAAUGUUGGUGAUUGGGUAUGUGUCGCUAAUACACCUUUGUUAACUAUAAGAAAUUUUACGGUUGCGAAUAAUCGUGCUCGUGGUGUUCUAUUAGAAACACGAAAUGUCGAUAUAAGAAAAUCAUUAUUUAAACGAACAAGUGGACCUGCAGUUCUUAUUCAACCAUCAAUAUAUUGGCAUGAAGGUCCUGAAGCUCGAAAUAUUUCAUUGAGUGAAAAUAUUUAUAUUGAUAAUAACGAAGGUAUUGCACAGGAAAAAGGCAUUAUUACUAUACUACCAGAUCCACUUCAGUUAGUUCCAGUCAUUAAUGAUAUUCGAAUAGAAUCAUCAACAUUUUACUUUGGAAUCUACAGUCAAGCACUUCUUCAAUGCGAUAAUACAAAUCUAUUAUUGAUUCGUGGAAAUUAUAUCGCAACAAACAGCUCAACACCUUUCAUAUCAAUAUGCAACAGUCGAAAUAUAUCUGCCGAGAACAAUUGUGUAGUUAAUAGUGAAACAAAAAUUGAUGAAUAUUAUUCAUUUGAUCCAACAACACCAUGCUCGAAGAAUUUAAGUAGUUUAAUUGAUUUACCAUCAUCAGCAUUUAAUUCAUCGUUUCCUCCACCAGUUGUUCUAAAAGAUUUCUUUCUUCUCAAUCGCCGAUAUCGAUUAAAUAAGGGACAAUAUUUCGAGUAG